AUGAAAGUACAAACUGAUUCUUCAGAUUCUGGGGACGGUCAGACUGGAUCUUCAACAGAAUUAUGUAGAAUAUCCAUUAAAUAUACGGUCCAAGAGCCAUCUUCAAAGGAUGACAAUCUGGAGACCAAAGAUGAUUCUGUGUCUCCACCUAUAAUAACAGAAGAACCAAAUUUAGAUUUGUCACCACAAUGUGAUAAUGAAUCUGUAAAAUCUGAUGAUAACAAUUCACAAAAGUCUACUGAUGCCCAUCUGGAUACUUCAAUUAACAAGCCAUUUUCACCAACAAGUAGUAUCACGUCCCAAAGAAAGCUAGAAUGGGAUUCUUUAGGUGAUGUAGGAUAUGAAAAUGAAGGUGAAAGAAAGGCUUCAAAUUGUGGGCUUAGUACAUUAGAAAGACUUGCUUUGCAUCAACAAUAUUCCAACAAUGAUCCUAAACAAGAUACUCAAUUUGGUCCACCAACUUGUCAUUCCACACCAGUAGAAACAAAUAUUUCACAAAAAGAGAGGAAAGGAAAUGUGAAGAAAACAACAAAAAUUCAAAAAAAGGAUGUAAAUUUUGUAAAAUUAAAUGUUCCAUGUAGUUCUGAAGUUAAUCCAACAGCAAUAAAUGUUAAUCUUACUAAACAUAUUUCAUUUAAUGUUGAUAAGGAUGGUGAUGUUAUGGUGGAAGAUUCUAAAAAUAGUGUUAAACUAACAUCUGAUAAAGUUUCAGUUGAAACUGAAAUGACUCCACAAACAAGAUUUGAUAAGGAAAUACAAACAUCUCUAACAAAUAACAAGAUAAUCGAAGAUAAAUUGAUAAGUGCUACUGAAAAGCAAAAUGGUAAACAUGUUUAUGAACCAAACUUUCCAAUUUUAAUAGCUUUAAACACAUUGAGGAAGAGAAAGAGACGGAAGAAGUAUAGAGCUCUUAAAAAGAAGGCAUCUAGUAGUAGUAAAGUAAAAAAGAAUUUAAAGACUAAAAGCAUAGAGCAGGUAUCAGAAGCAGAAAGCUUUGAAUAUAUGCCAGGCCACAUGUACAGUCAAAAUCAAAUUAAUAGUAAUAAUAUAAAAGAUUCAGAUAGUGUUGGCAACAAAUCUAGCUUAGAAUCAAACGGAGGUUUCACUUAUGAUUCAAGUAAAGAAACUGUAAAUUCUUUCACAAAAGAUUUGGAAAAAAGUAUAGACUUACUUAAAAAAGCUUUGCGGCCCAAAUAUGAUAACACAAGUCUGAAAGAGAAACUUAUAAAGGAGGUUGUUCAAAGGUUAUUAAAAACGAGGUAUAGAGAUGAUGACAGUGGAACUGUUUUUUUAUCAGGCUUAAACUUGCCUAAAAGUAACCAUACAACAACAAGUACAUCAGAUGGUAAUAACAUUGAUAUCAAUAAGGUAAAGCGUCCGAAAAAAUCUAUUCUAAGAGUUGAUAAAUUUAAUCCAAAUGGAAUGGCAUCUACAUCGCAAAGUACACCUAAUUUACACACAUUAGCCCAAAGUGAUAAACCAGGUAAUAUUGUUCACAAGCCAAAAUUUUCCAAUACAGAAUCAGAUUUUUCUAGUAGAGAAAGAACUUCAUCUGAUACUGCAAAUAAAAUGUCAUCUGAAGAGCUUUAUAAUAAAUAUUUAGAGGCUUUAAAAAGAGAACAAAUACAUAAAAAACGUUUAAGGGGCAAGGAAAUACUUUUAAAGAAGAAGUUGAUUAGUUCUGAUACAUGUAUAAAAACAACACCAGAGACGUGUGAGAAAUCUCGUGAUAGAUUGUACAAAUUAAUUAAAGAUUUGGCAUGCAAUAAUGUCGAUGAUGGGUCAGGUGAUGCUAGUAGAUUAGGAGAUUCUAGUUCCAAUAACGAUAAGUACAGAAAUAUAAAAAAGCAAAGUCAUUCUGUAUUCACUCUUGCGUCGGGACAAUCAAUCUGUCAGGCACAAAGUAAGCUACAAAAAACCUGUCAAAAUAAUAUCAGAGGGAUUUCAGAAGCCGGUUGCAGCAAGAAUGAUAAUCAUUAUUGUUGUUGUGCUAACCAUAAUGUAAAUGAUAAAGCAGAAGUAAAUGAGAUUUCAUUACAGAAAGGUGAAGAAAAAAUAUCACAAAGAAUAUGUCAACUUAGGUGUCAUGUAGAAAAUAAUACUGAUUUGCUUUUAACAAAAAAAUCUGCUGUUAAUUGCAAAAAAUCACCAAGGGAAACAGAUAAGAUAAUAUUAGAAAAUGCUAAGGAUAUAAAAUAUGUCUGUUUAUGUUCUAAUAAAGGCAAAGAACAGGAAAUACCUGAAAAAUUACUUAUUUACAAAUGUUCACGUGUAGCCCAAGAGGGCAUAGGCUUAUCAGACACAAUGUCUAAAGCCUCAAGUUCAGUUGGUGUUCAAUGUUCUAGUGACUCUUGUAAUAAUCAAAUUACCGACAAAAAAUCGUCAGGGGCCACUGUACCGGACAAAGUUUCUUGCUUGAAUAGAGAAUUGCAAUAUUCACAUAGCUCAAGUCCUCCUGUUGAUCGUCCUGUAAGAAAGGUAUCAACUUCAUCUCAAACAAAUGUUAAUUUAGAUUUUCUUUUGAGGCGAGGAUCCAGCGAUAAAAGUGUAACAUCUUUGUCAUCAAACGAUAAACACAGACAAGAAAGUAACUUAGGUAUUGAAAAAAGUGCUACAAAUCUAUAUGGGAGAUACAAUGUGAUAUCAGAAUUACUUCAUGGAAGUACACGAUGGACACAAACAGACAUAAGCAUUGAUCCUAAGAUUUCUGAUCCAACUAUAUCUGAUGUUAAUCUUGUAAAGGAUCUAAACUGCGUUAAACUUAUUAAUGAAUGUGAAAGGUACAGAAAUUCAUCUCAAAAUAUUUUACCGAUAUUUGAAAAUGCAAAAAAAGAUCAAUUCACAACUACAAAUGAUUCAAAAACUGUUCAUGAAAAUCAAACAAACACUGAUAAUAGCCGUAAUUUUCUCAAAAAUACAAAAAUGAUAAAAGAAAAAAAUCAAUCCGAAGAAAGUCGUGUAGAAAAUAAAGUUGUUAAUACGCAACUUUCUGAACCAAACGAAGAUAAGUUUUCCAUUCCUAUUCAAGGAACAAAUAUGACGUUAGUUGUCAGUCUCGGGUCUAAUACACCACAUUACGGUGAUAAUACAGAUUUAAAUACAAAAGCUUUAACUAUCAACAAAAAAAUUAUGAAUAAAAAAGCAACUAUAUUUGGGGAAGAGUGUUCGAAAGGUGUACAGUGUAAUAGUACUGAUAUUUUUACACAUUCUAACAAAAACGACCAAAAACUUAUAGAAGAUUGUGAUGAUAACAACUUUGACGAUAUAAAUAAAAACGACGAGGUUACGACUCCAUACAUAAAUUCUUACUUUAAAAAUACGAGUGAUGAUUGCAAGUAUAAUACGUAUCCGAAAAAUUCUCAGAAUGUGAAACCUUUAGUACGUUCGAACACAGACACAUGCUGCUUAAAAAAUUUGAAUCAAAAUCAAAACGAUAAUAAAAUCGAUGAGAUUGAUACACAAAACUAUCAUGCAAUAUCAAAGUCUAAAGAAAUUAUUAAAGAUCAAUUCGAUAAAAGUAACAAUAUAGUUUCUCAAAAAUCAUCAAGGGAUAGUAGUAGUAACACAUGUGUAAAGGACAAUAAAAAUUUAGAAAAUGUUGAUCAAUAUGAAUGUCAGAAACCCAAUCUUGUUAGCAAAUGUGAUACUGAUGAUGAGAUCAACAUAGAUCCCGUACUGAGCAUGAUUCAAGAUAUAACAAAGCGUUACACAAAGAAGGACAUGGAAAAAAGUAAAAGAAAGAAAUGUUUCAAGGAGAUAAUUACAGUUUUAAACUACCUGUUAGAUACAGAAGAAAGUACAGAUCAAAAAGAAAGUUGUAAUACUGAUAGUGCUUUAACAAUAGAUCAGUUACGCGAAAAAAAUAACUCCAAAUGUUUGACUAAAAAAACCUUUGAAGACAAAGGAGUACAAUUGUCAUUGAAGAAAAAUAAGAAACAAAAAAUUUCCACAGAAUCGUCUGAUGUUCCCCCUGUGUCACAUCACACAAGUGAGUUCCCUACAACUUCAACCGAUUCAAGAACUUGGGUUUUGAAUAAAAUCAGGAAAGAAUGCGAAAAAUUUCAUCAAAAACGAUGUAAAUCACGUAGCGAGCAACAUAAAUGUGUCGAAUCUAGCACUACUUCUAAUAGCUGUGAAAAAUGUAAUCAUACCCAUCACUGUCCUUGUAGAUUUAAAUGUAAAAGUCAUAAGUCUAAACAGGACACUAACAAACUAAAAAAGAAAAGUGUUGCAUAUAAUUUAAUAAUUCAAACCUCUGACAGUGUGUUGAGUGAGGAAACUAUUUGUAAGGAAGAUGCCCGAUCAUUACAAAACAUAAUAGUAAAAAUACCCCCUAAACAUAAACAAGUAACUAGUGCGCCAUUCAAAGAAGUCUCUGCGAAAAUUGAAAGGAAUUUGCCCAACAGUCAUUUCCGGUGUGAGAGCAAGGUCCAUAGAUCUCGGAGCCUGCCGAAUGAUACUGAGAUGUCUAGUGAAGACUUUUCUAAAAUGCUGAAAACUUGUACGGUCCGAGAUUAUCUCGAAAGGAAUCGACCAGAUUUCGUAGAAAAAAGUACAAAACGUCAGAACUGUUUAAAGAUAAUAAAUCAAACAAGGUCAAAUGAAAGGGCUACCAAACGCAAGCUGCUGUCAAUGCAACUGGAACACCAGCAGGCACUAAAUGCUCUCAGCGGUGAAGAGAUACAGCAGUUAGCGCGGGAGUUGGGGGCUCAGCUGAGACGUAAAAAAGUUGCUCCAAAAUUUAUAAGUGAACGUGAAAUGAAGAAACAUUCCGAAAAAAUCUACAAGUCGUUGCCUGAAGUCAUGCAAAAGAAAGAGGAAGUGAAAAAAGAAAAUAUGAAAAAAACAAAUUUAUUGAUGGCAAAUAUUUUUAAAAAGAAUCUCCAAAAGAAGACUCUUCGUGGAUCAGUAAAUUUGUCAAAUUAUAGCACUGUUAUAAAGAUUUGA